CAUUCAUUAAAAUCUCCAGUCACUGAGCGAGGGUGCGAACAAAGUCCUUCAGCCAGCAACCUUUUGCGACGAGGUUGUAGCUAUUCAUCUAUUUUUGUUUGAUUCCGUAUUGGCCCUUUUACUUGCAAAAUAUAUCUGCAAUCGGCCUCACGAAUGACUUUACAAGUUACUAUAGCAUUUAGCAAGCUAAAUAGCUAGUUGUAUUACGGUCAACUGCUACUGUUCUGCACGCAGCUCCUGCUGCAAUCUGCACCGGGUGCUUGCUAAAUAAUAUCUGCAUUGUUUUUCUGCUUGAAGAAAUUCCUGCAACCUCAAAUUCUGACAGAAGUUGAAUGACUGAUUUCUGGUGUAUUUUUAUUUCUGUGUAUCCUCCGUUGGUUGCCUGGGUAUACAGUAAACACGUUUUUCUUUUUGCAAAUCGAAAAGGAAACGGAUACCGUUUUGCAUAGUUAGCUAGCUAACCAGCUAGUUAGCUGCGUGCAAUUUGUGUGCAAAAGGGAUAGUUUUUUGUGCUGCUAAUAUCAGAAGGCGCAUUCAGGUCAAUGUCCAGAGGUACCGGAAAAAAGAAAAAGCCUGCAUUGAGGAUCCCAGAUGAGGUCUUCAAGCAGAAAGAGCCCAACCCCGUCCCUCCCCGAAACCUGGACUCCAGGACCUUCAUUACCAUAGGAGACAAGAAUUUUGAGGUGCAGGCAGAUGACCUGGUGUCGCUGUCGGAGCUGGGCCGAGGGGCGUACGGCGUGGUGGAAAGGGUACGGCAUGCACAGAGUGGAACCAUCAUGGCAGUCAAGAGGAUAAGAGCGACAGUCAACAGUCAGGAGCAGAAGAGGUUACUGAUGGACCUGGACAUCUCUAUGAGGACUGUAGACUGUCCGUACACAGUCACCUUCUAUGGAGCUCUCUUCAGAGAGGGCGAUGUGUGGAUUUGCAUGGAGCUGAUGGAUACCUCUCUGGAUAAGUUCUACAGAAAAGUGAUUGAGAAAGGGAAGAAGAUUCCUGAAGACAUCCUAGGGAAGAUAACCGUGUCUAUUGUCAAAGCAUUAGAGCAUUUGCACAGUAAGCUGUCUGUAAUUCAUAGAGAUGUGAAGCCCUCUAACGUUCUCAUUAACAAAGAGGGCCAUGUGAAGAUGUGUGACUUUGGAAUCAGUGGCUAUCUGGUGGACUCUGUGGCUAAGACGCUGGAUGCUGGCUGCAAGCCUUACAUGGCUCCAGAGAGAAUUAACCCUGAGCUGAGCCAGAAUGGCUACAACGUCAAGUCAGAUGUGUGGAGUUUGGGAAUCACUCUGAUCGAGAUGGCCAUCCUGCGCUUUCCCUAUGAAUCGUGGGGCACGCCCUUCCAGCAGCUGAAGCAGGUGGUGGAGGAGCCGUCCCCUCAGCUCCCAGCAGACCGCUUCUCCAAGGACUUUGUCGAAUUCACAGCACACUGUUUGAAAAAGAAUCCAAGCGAGAGAUUGAACUACCUUGAACUCAUGGAGCACCCGUUCUUCAAGACGCAUGACUCCAAGGAGACAGACGUAGCUUCUUUUGUGAAGGAGAUUCUCGACGACGGCCACAACUGACCCCUCUCCCUUCUUCUUUUUUUUUGUGUUUUUUUUGUUUUGUUUUGUUUUUUUGUACCAUAAAAGUGUAAAUUAGCCUCCCAAGAUUUUCAUUGGAAAAGGGUGACUCCUUAUUUGCCAGAAUAAUAAUUUAGAAGCAUGGUGGAUUCACUCCCAUUAUUUACAGUAUUUGCUAGUUGUUUUAUAAGAUAGUUAAGAUAUUUACCUACUGUUUGGUAUACAGUGACUUAGGGAAAGGUCUCUGAUGGUUCAUGCCAGACAAAACAGGUAUCAUUUUGUUAUUGUUUUCUCCUGAGGAAUACAGUGUUGAAAUUUCGAUUUAAAAAAACCUCCUUGGUCCUUGACAUCUAUGACAGAGAUGACAACCUUUAAGAUUAAAGCUAUGCCACUGGCCCUGUCACACAUACGUGCAGCGCAUGCAUUGUCUGUGUCCACUUGCAGGCUAAUCUAUGUGUACCGAACACCACCAUAAGCUUCUGAGGGGCUGCUUUACUGUUCUGUCUGUAUUGUGUAUAUAUGGCAUUGAAUUUCUUGCUGAAUGUAUUCAAAAUGGGUGUGUGGGAUUAGGUUUUAAGAGUCAGUUUGAAGCUUAUGUUUAUUUAUUUUAACCUGUUUUUGGUUGGGGAAAAAGCACUAUCUCGCAUCUCAGUUUGAUACAGCUAUUCGUAAAGGUGUAGAAAUGUGAAAUUGUCCUUAAGCAGUGCAGUCUCCAUUUUUCAGCAUUUCUUGUUGUCCUAUAUGACUUGCUCUUUUCAGUUAGCCUGUUGUUGGCUGUUACAAGUCAUACUAAACUGGAAGUGAAUUGGUUAACGUACAUUGAUCGUAGCCCGUUUUGUUUAGCGUAUGAAGGGUUACGGAAACAAAAAGGUACAUUUUAAAAUUGUGACAAGAAAUUAAAAGGAAAGUCAAUCUUCUAGACUUAAGUGCCUCUGACAUUGUGAAUGGAAAAGAAGCUUUAGAUGCCCAAGCAAAAACCUUAAGGCCAAUGCUGUCUUGUACAGUCAGUUUUCUCUCACUUCACAGCCAGGGGCCUGUACCACGAAGCAGGAUCACCGAGUUAGCUGGAUAACUGCACUGAGUAAAACCCUCCCAAAUCUGGAACAUGGCCUGUAGUGAAAGUCUGGCUUUUUCUCAGUACAGUUAUCCAGCUAACUCUCCACUUCAUGAUAAAGGCCCCUGACCUCAGUGUCUUAUUCUUUAUCUUAGUCAGACAGACAGAAGUGGUGAGAUUACCUGUAGUACCUUAAGAAUUUUCUACAGAAGCCAUUCUGGAAUCUUCUUUCAGAUGCCCCUUCUCUGCUGGAACAAGCCAGCCCGAGGUAACACUGGCCCUGGCGCCGAGAGCGUUUCUAGUUGUGCAAGUUGAUACUCCCUCCCGACCGCCAUGGGAUUGUUCAUCUGCUUUUCUGAGUGUGUUAGAUUUAGCCUGUCUGUUAAUUUUAUUUGGAAGAGUGACAUUUCUUUAUUGGCGGGAUGCGGUCCCCCUGUUGCACUAUGAAUUCUUUUCUCAGAGUUUCGGUGUCGGGGAAACGUGGCAUUCUCCUCACGCGGGCGACUAGCCUGUCCGGCCUCCCAACCACGUUGCCAAAAAUCGCCCGUUCUCUGGUCCCGGUCGCGGUGGACACACCAGGCAAGCGCCGUAAGUUUACCGGAAGCUGGACGCGCGGGGCCUGGGGACGGGCGGUGGUUCGGAGGAAACCUGUAGGGCGUGUGAA